AACAAGGGGAAGUACUUUUUCCACACAAUGGCAAGUUAAACUGUGGAACUCACUGCCAUGGGAUGUUGAUGGCCAAAAGUAUAACUGGGUUCGGUGAAGAAUGAGAUAAAGGAUAGGGCCGUCAAUGGCUAUUAGCCAAGAUGGUCCGAGAUACAACCCCAUGCCCGAGGCCACCCUAAACUUCUGACUGUCGGGAAGGGAAGACGAGUGGAUCACUCCAACUGCCCUAUGAAAGGGGAAAUCAGCUGCUCCUCCACUUCAUGUGUCUAACAACCCUUGAUCAGGAUGGAGGCCUCCUGCCUCGAACUAGCCCUCGAAGGAGAGCGACUGUGCAAAGCUGGGGACUUCAAGGCUGGAGCAGCCUUCUUCGAAGCAGCAGUGCAGGUGGGGACAGAGGAUCUGAAGACUCUUAGCGCUAUCUACAGCCAGCUGGGUAAUGCCUACUUCUACCUAAAGGAAUAUUCCAAGGCCCUGGAAUACCAUAAGCAUGACCUCACUCUAGCCAGAACCAUUGGGGACCGUAUCGGAGAAGCCAAGGCCAGUGGCAACCUUGGGAAUACAUUGAAAAUACUUGGGCAGUUUGAUGAAGCCAUCGUUUGUUGCCAGAGACACUUGGAGAUUUCUCAGGAGCAGGGAGACAAGGUAGGUGAAGCUAGAGCGCUGUAUAACAUUGGCAAUGUUUACCAUGCAAAGGGAAAGCAGUUGUCUUGGAGCAUGGCCCAAGACCCAGGUUCCCUGCCUCCAGAAGUCAAGGAGACGCUGCAGAGAGCUUCGGAAUACUAUGAGAGGAAUCUGUCUCUGGUGAAGGAGCUUGGGGACAGAGCCGCUCAGGGCCGAGCCUAUGGGAACCUUGGCAAUACCCAGUACUUGCUCGGGAACUUCAGCGAAGCCACGGCUUUCCACAAAGAGCGACUCGCCAUCGCCAAGGAGUUUGGGGACAAAGCGGCCGAGAGGAGAGCGUACAGCAACCUGGGCAAUGCGCACAUCUUCCUCGGCAGGUUUGACAUCUCGGCGGAGUACUACAAGAAAACACUCCAACUCUCCAGACAACUGAAAGACCAAGCAGUAGAAGCUCAGGCUUGCUACAGCCUCGGAAACACUUACACGUUGCUCCAAGACUACGAGCGAGCCAUCGAGUACCAUCUAAAGCACCUGCUGAUAGCGCAGGAGCUGGGGGACAGAGUGGGAGAAGGAAGAGCCUGCUGGAGUCUAGGAAAUGCCUAUGUCUCUCUUGGGAACCAUGACCAAGCCCUGCGCUUUGCAAGGAAACAUCUUGAAAUCUCCCAAGAGAUCGGGGAUCGGAAUGGGGAGCUGACGGCUCGAAUGAACGUGGCCCAGCUGAAGUCAGCCCUUGGCGAUGGGGAUGGGGAUGCAACCCGUCAUUCCGCUGGCUACGAAGCGCAAGGAGCUAGGCCUAAGAGAAGCCAAAGGAACAGCAUGGACAGUUUAGACCUCUUGAAGUUCCCCUCCGAAAAGGAGCAGAAUGGGGAUAGCCACCACAUGGGAAACCUGAAGAUCACGGGAAAGGACUUCUUGUCUCUGCCUGUGAGAUCCAAGAAAUACCAGGAGAACCAGUCCAGUUCAGAGAGGAAAUCCCAGGAUUCCAAUACGUCACCGUUGGAUGCCAGUGAUGUCCGACUCCAGGUGUCUCAAUCGAAAAUCAACCGGGCCCCUUCAGAUGAGGAAUGCUUCUUUGACCUGCUGAGCAAGUUCCAGAGCAGCCGAAUGGAUGACCAGCGCUGCCCGCUAGAAGAAUGCCAGACAGAGGCUGCAGAGGCUGCUGCCACCUCCAUGCCUGCCCUGGAAGAAAGAAUAUCUCAGUCCUCGUUAAUAGCAUCUCCGCAGACAGAGGAGUUCUUUGAUCUCAUCGCCAGCUCCCAGAGCAGGCGGCUGGAUGACCAGCGUGCCAGCGUGGGCAGCCUGCCCGGCCUCCGCAUCACUCACAACAACCUGGGGCACCUGCGCAUGGAGGGGGAUGCCCAGGAGCCAGGGGACGAGUUCUUCAACAUGCUCAUGAAGUGCCAGUCAUCCCGGAUAGACGACCAGCGCUGCGCUCCGCCAGACGCCGUCCCCCGGGGCCCCACCAUGCCCGAUGAGGACUUCUUCAGCCUCAUCCAGCGCGUCCAGGCCAAGCGUAUGGACGAGCAGAGGGUGGAUCUGGCUUCGGCCCAGGAGGAGCAGCAGCAGAGGAGACCCAGCUCCAGCUAAGAAUUGGGGGUUUGCUUUGAGAAAAGUGUCGUCUGUUUAAAAACUGAGCCCAGCUGCUCCGCGGCAGACGUUCCCGGGGAGGAGCAGCCCUGCCCAGCGAAGGGGGGUGGGUGUAGAGGGGGAGGGGGCGUUUCCUGCCACUUUGGGGGUUUUGUCUUUCCUUGGAGUAGGGACUGGGCAGGUUCACAAGCUGGGGACAGUUUUUUUAUAUGGCUUUUUAUAGGCAACCAAUGACUGUUCUACAGCUGAGCAAAGCUCGGAGGAACUGCGCACGCACGGCUGGGGGCUGGGCACAGAGUGCCAGGGCCAUAGACUGAGACAACUGGUGAACUGGCUGCUGCAGCCCCCCUGCCAGCGGUGCCUGGGAGCGUCGGCACCUCCCUGCCGAGCUCUGUGGGGAAGGGGUGUCCAGCUGGGCUGGGGCCCUUUGCCAGAGGCAGGGGGUGCAACCGUGGAGAAGCUGGAGGCGGCCAGCAGUUAGAGUGCUGCAGCGACCGUGCUCCCGCGUGCCGUAAUGUAUUUUAUUUCUGCCACACGUGGGUUAACGGGGAGCCUCUCUUUCCUUUGGACUCCUCCCGGGUCUGGCCAGGAGCCAUUUGGAGCUGUCCUCACCAGCCUGCCAAGGUGACAGCGGGAGCCAUUGGAGCUGGGGUCCUUCCCCGCAGUGCCAAGCUUGGCUCUGGCACCUCUCAGCACAGCUGGCUUUCUCCCACAGCGCCGAGCGCACCUGGGGCUGCCCCCGCUCACGGCAACGCCUCCCCUGCAAAGACAGCAGCGGCACGGAGGGUGCCCAUAACUGUCUCCGGUGCCAUGCUGGCUGUGCUGUUACACGGGGAGCGGGGCACUCGGGAGUGGAACCUGUGACCACGGUAUACGUGGCACUAGCCCCUGACAGCUGUUGGCCUGUGUCAAAGAGCUCCUGGGUGUUUGCUGGCAGUGAACCCCACGGGGGCCCCGGCGGGUUCAGGCUGAAGCAAAACCUUGUUUUGCUGCGUGUUGUGAAGGUGGAACCUCCCGCCCCAGGGCUGUCACUCCGGCCCCGUUCACUACCCUGGCACUACAGCUGUGAAUCUAGCUCCGAGCACUGCCCGCGGCCCAGGGGCUUAACAACCCUCCUCCUCCUCUCUUGCAGUAGUAGCGAGAGGCCCCAGCCUGGCAGGCACGGUGUGGGCUAGGACAGGAGCGCACAGGGAAGGUGCUGACUUUGGUGGGGACUUGUCACUUUCACAUAGGCUGAAAAACAAGGCCCCUCCCUCCCCCAAAGCCCUGAGCCCUCCCCCAGGUUUGCUGUACCGAGGUGCCACGCUGCACUGCCGUGCUGGUCCUCAGUGGGCCUUCUAGCUACUGCUCAUCUCCCCCAAGCCCAUGCCUGGGUCUAGGGCCGAGUCCCCGUCGCUCUCAGGAGCGGCCUUCAUGGAAAAUUUCCAGCGGCAAGAAGUUCAGGCCGGUGGCACUUAGCCCAACUGAACGGACGCUCGGGAGAGGUACCAGUGCAGAUGUCCUAGGUGGGAGCAGGUACAAUUCACCCUCAGUACUGCUGGAUGGAUGGACCAGCUCAGCGGGGCCAGGGCUUCCUGUAUUGUAUUCGGUAAGAGGGGCCACCCGCCCCCCGUCCCCGGGCUCCCGCUGUUAAGACACCAUGACCAGCUGUGGACUUGUGCCCGUGCCGCCCUGCUUGGCCCGGCCACGAACUGGAAU